CGUACCUGAGCUACGUUGCCUGCAGCGUACAGUCGGAGAGCAACACAUGUCCUAAAUUUCCACGUCUAGGUACGAACACAGUGACAUGAGCAUCGUGUCCUCGAGGCAACCACGACAACCCGCCUUUCGCGAACGCUAGAACGAAGCUGCCGCGCCGCGCUCUGCGUGGCAUGACCGAUAGGCCUCACCAUGGCCUCUGAAGGCUCGUCUUCGGCCGCGCGCCCUGCGCCAGAGGCUGCUUGUGACCACCUGUCCGUAAAUCUACAGGUGCUGUCGCCCUCAACCGCAGCGAACUCCAACCGACCCUUGGUGUUCCCUGGUCUCGCAGCCACGACGACCGUUGGACAGCUCAAGGAAAAGAUUCGCCAGGCUCUUCCUCUGAAGCCGAGCGAUUCUCAACAACGACUUAUCUAUCGCGGGCGAGUCUUGCAACCGGACGGGGAGACUCUCCUCGGCGUCAUCGGCGAGGAAGUCAUUCGCACCACCGAUCAGCAGACGAUUCACCUCGUGCUUCGAGAUGUCGCCGAACCCCAGCUCUCCACGGCCCCUACUCCGGCAGUCGCUAGGGGCACGAGCCCGGCGCCGCCGACUGCUCAUUUCCACCACGCCUUUGGCCAGCCUCACCAGGCACAUCACCACGGUAGUCAGCCUACGGCGGCAACCUUCACGAGACGAGCCCCGUUGCAUCCCGCCGCGAACAACCCCCUCCCUUUCGUGACGCCGUCCCAGAUACCCGCGAACUUGACGCCGCAGCAGCUCCAGCAGAUCCAGAUGCAACAGCACCAGAGCAUGGCCGCGUGGAUGAAUGGGCUGCAACGCGAGGCCAUGAACAGGGCCAUGGCACACCAGCAGAUCAAUCAGAAUCAAGCGAUGAGAGCCUCUGUGGGCCUGCAUGGUGCCGGCGACACACCCGCCGCCACUCCCAAUCCCGCGGAAACCACUCGCGGACGGGUCAGCCCGCUAAACAACCCAGACGUGCAAAUGUAUGUCAGGGAGGGUCUCAUGCCGAACGGCCAGCCGUACCGCGUAACAGUCAAUGAGACCUUGCUUGGCGGAUCGCUGAACGUCCUUCAACCCGGUGGCCAGAGCACUACGACGGCUCUGUCGCCUGUCGAUGUGCAGAACAUCCUCCGAGCAGCUGAUACCAACCAAGCGACUUUGGCCAUGACGACUGCCAUGCAGAGAAGCGCCUCCAGCACCUCUAUCGCCAACGGCGGUUCCUCCGUGGGUGUCACCACCCCUUACUACCCAACACCCGGUUCUAGAGCCAGCAGCAGACGGCCCACGCCUGAUCCAACUGCACGCUCAGUCAGCGGUGGCAGCAGUCACUCUGCGAAUGCUCAACGGCAAGCACAGUCUGGCCCAGAGGUUUAUAUCCUGUCCUCGCCCCAUGGCCCCCGAGCCAUCUUGAUCAACAACGCCACGGACUCCUACUAUACCCCUUCUGCCAGGAUGCCGCUUCAUAACACUUCAGCUCUUCACCCAACGGCCUCGGCUCUUGCUAGAAUGAGGGCUCGCCCCCAGAACAUGACCUGGCCGUCAGCUUUCGUGACGCCACCAGCCCAUCAGGAAGAGCAGCAGCCGCCGCAGGCCGCCGAGCCCCAAGCAGCUCAGGCGCAGCCAGAAGCUCAGCCAUUGCUUCAGCCCCAAGCACAACCACAAGCAGCCGCCGUGCCAGCUCAUCCCAACAACCCGGGCAUCGCCCCAUUGAUUGCCCAGAUAUGGCCACACUUCUGGCUCGUUGUUAGACUCGGUCUGUUCGUGUGGUGGUUCACGUCUCCCAAUGCUAGUUGGUCGAGAUUGUUCACCGUGGUGUUCAUUGCCGUUAGCAUAUUCGUCCUGAACACGGGCCUGCUUAACAAUCGCUUCGACCAGGCUGUGGGGCCCGUCAGGCGUCAUAUGGAGAAUCUGAUUCCCCUCGCCGCGCCGAACAACGCCAACGAACCCGUCCGUCCUCGAGAUGACCAACCGAUCGUUGGACCGAACGGGCAGCCGGACCCGACGCGCGCCGCCGCUAGACUGGUGGCGCAGCGCAGGCAAGACAAUGCGAACUGGCUCAUGGAUCAGGUACGUCGGCUUGAGAGAGCUGGACUUCUUUUCCUCGCAAGUAUUGCACCAGGUGUUGCGGAACGCCACAUCGCCCACCUUGAGGCUGAGGCUCGCGCGGAGCGUCUUAGAAGGGAGGAAGCUGAAGCUGCUGCCGCUGCCGCCGCCACCGCAGAGGCUGCAGCAAACGCCGAGCCCCAAAAUAUCGACGAGGCGGCCGAGGACGCCGGACGCAAUGAAGUGGAGAACAGAGACGAGGCUCGUAGAGAGACUCAUGGGGGAGAUCAGCGACAAGCGGAGGAACAGCAGGCUUUGUUGGCAUAGCGAGACAUAAAGUCCGGGAUGGGAUGGGACACGGGUUGUUGUACAGUACAGAUUACCCAGCGGACGCUCCGAGAACGUCCCUUUGUGCAUGGAGUCGGGUGUAGAGCGUUGGCAUCGGAACCAAAACAUCAAUGCAUCGUGCUUUUAGGUCAUCAAUAUUGUUCUUGCUUUUUGCGGAAGCCGCUGUCUACAUUUGUCGAGAGCCUCUAGUAACAAUUACAUCCAAUUUCGCCCACAAGCAGUGAACACUCCAUCGCCUCCUCACGAUAACCACAUUUGUCUAGCCCUCAAUUCAUCACCACCUACAGCUUCACCCAUCGGUCAGCCGUAAUGGUUAGUCGUCAAGGUCGUUCCUCACAAUCAGCCAGCCUUGCUCCCAAAUGCCUUCCCGCCCCCCUCAACUCGCCCUUCUAUACCCUCGUUGUCUUGUA